GCGCCAUGACCGAGAAUUCUCUUCUCUCUCUCUCUCUCUAUCUAAUGGAGAUGGCGAUUCUGUCUAGCUAUUCUUGCUAGAUUUCUGCUUUUGUCCACCACAAUUAGCAGAGAUACGUAGCUAAACUAACAAAGACUCAAUCUGAGAAGUGUAUAUUGUAUCAAUCCUUAGACUCCAGAAGCUAUGGAAGAGGAGAAAGGAGCUCUUGCACAGAAUCUGGUUGAAAUCAUCGAUGAGAUAUCUUCGAUAUCAGACUUCAGAAGUUCGGUGAAGAGACAAUUCUGUAAUUUAGCUAGAAGACUGAAGCUAUUGACGCCGAUGUUUGAGGAGAUACGAGAUGGCAAGCAGUCCUUGCCGAAGGAAUCCUUAGAGGCCUUGAGCUCCUUGAAGGAAUCGCUUGAAUCGACUAGAGAAUUGCUCAGAUUCGGAAGUGAAGGAAGCAGGAUUUACCUGGUUCUAAAGAUGGAAGAAACUAUGAAUAGAUUCCAAGAAAUAACAGCUAACCUUGAACAAGCUCUUGGUGGAAUUGCUUAUGAAAAACUUGAUAUAUCAGAUGAAGUUACGGAGCAGGUCGAGCUUGUCCUUGCUCAGUUCAAAAGAGCAAAAGGCAGGAUAGAUGCCCCCGAUGUUGAUCUACAAGAGGAUCUUGUAUCCCUUUACAAUAAGAUCAAUGAUCCAUCUACAACAGAUCCAGCUGUCAUAAAGAGAGUGGCUGAGAAACUUCAGUUGAUGGGACUGGAUGACCUUACACAAGAAUCAAUAGCUUUGCAUGAGAUGGUGUAUGCCAGUGAUGGGGAUCCAGGGGAGAGCAUGGAAAAGAUGUCCAUGCUACUUAAGAAGGUCAAAGAUUUCGUGCAGACUGAGAAUCCUAACUUUGACGCUUCUUCAAGGUGUAAGUCCUCCAGCCCAGCCAGCUGUAGCGGUCAAGCUUCAUUAGAUGAGAGCAAUACAUCUAUUUUCAUACCCAAUGAUUUUCGUUGUCCCAUAUCUUUGGAGUUGAUGAGAGAUCCGGUCAUUGUCUCCAGUGGGCAGACAUACGAGAGAUCCUGCAUUGAGCAAUGGCUAGAUCAAGGACACGGAACCUGCCCGAAAACUCAACAAACUCUAGCCAGCACGGUCCUCACUCCCAACUAUGUCUUACGUAGCCUCAUAGAACAAUGGUGCGAAUCAAACGGCAUCGAACCGCCAAAGCGCCCCACAAACACAUCAUCAACUUCCUCGCCGGAAGAAACCAAUCUAGAAGUUCUAUUACGUAAACUCUCAUCCCACAGCCCCGAGGACCAACGAUCUGCCGCAGGCGAAAUCCGGCUUCUUGCCAAACGCAACGCCGAUAACCGCAUCGCCAUUGCCGAAGCCGGCGCCAUUCCCUUUCUCGUAAAUCUCCUCUCCACCCCCGAUUCCCGAACCCAAGAACAUGCCGUAACCGCCCUUCUCAACCUCUCCAUAUGCGAAGACAACAAAGGAAGCAUCGUUUCCUCGGGGGCAGUCCCGGGUAUCGUACACGUCUUGAAGAAGGGAAGCAUGGAAGCUCGAGAAAACGCAGCUGCAACUCUAUUUAGCUUAUCGGUUAUCGACGAUAAUAAGGUUACGAUCGGGGCUUCGGGUGCGAUCCCUCCGUUGGUGACCCUUCUGAGCGAAGGAACGCAACGUGGGAAGAAAGAUGCAGCGACUGCGUUAUUCAACUUGUGUAUAUUCCAAGGGAAUAAAGGGAAGGCGAUUAGGGCCGGGGUUGUUCCAACAUUGAUUCGUCUUCUGACGGAACCGCAGGGCGGGAUGGUGGAUGAGGCGCUUGCGAUUUUAGCUAUAUUGUCGAGCCAUCCCGAGGGUAAGGCAAUUAUAGGAGGUGCGAAGGCUUUGCCGAUUUUGAUUGAUGUUAUUAAGAAUGGUUCUCCGAGGAACAAGGAGAAUUCGGCUGCAGUUUUGGUUCAUUUGUGCGGUGGGGAUCAGCAGCAAUAUAUGGUUGAGGCGCAAGAGCUUGGUUUGAUGGGGCCUUUACAUGAUUUGUCGCAGAAUGGGACUGAUAGGGGUAAGCGAAAAGCGAUUCAGCUGCUGGAACGGAUAAAUAAGUUUGUUGAGCAACCGAAGGGUCAAAACAACAACAACAAUGAGGUUGAAGCUGAAAUAGUGAACCAGGAGGUACGUAAUACAAACUUGGACAAUGUUGUUAUUGAAAGCCGAGUAAUUGCAUAGUGUUCUAAUCUAUUUGAGUGUGUUUUCGUUUGAUUGAUAGAGGAAUGAAUGAAUGAACGAACUAAUGACACACAAAUAUAGCAAACAAAUUAUAGAGAGAAAGAAAUCUGUGUUUAUUUGUAUUAUUGCUGCGUGUACUUAAUCAAUCAUCUAUCUAUCUAUGAUCAUCAUGUUCUUCAUUACAUUUUAAUUUUAAUUGGAGAGGAUUAUGAUUCUGUAUAUGCUUCAAAAAUGUUGGAUUUGGUGAGCUAAACAAUUUUAGUAUCAUCCUUUAUUUUACUAUA